CUUCCUUUCGCGUUAGUUUAAAUGUAGCGCAGAAGUGCAGAGAAGAGGAGGAAGAGAAGAAAGGGAGGAGUCGUUUGCGUCCUCCUCAGGCGCUGUUUUGACUGAACUUGAAGAGACGCGCCGAAAGGCCUCGGAGAAGACUGACGGGCGCCGUGAAGGCAAGAGACAAGAUCAUCAUAAUGGAAAACCAGUUAACUGAUUCUUCUGAAAUAAAUACAUUUCAUCAUCAGAGUUCCUUGCCUUCACUGCCAGUUCCUCCUCUUGAUGAAUCCCUAACGAAAUAUCUAGAUGCAGUGAAACCUUUCCUAAACCAAGAAGAGUAUCAAAGAACUCGAGACAUAGUCAGAAGAUUUGAGAAUGGCAUUGGAAAGGAGCUGCAUAAAAAAUUACUUGAAAGGGCUGCAGUGAAGAGGAAUUGGUUGGAAGAAUGGUGGCUGAAUACGGCCUAUCUUGAAACUCGUUUAUCAACACAAAUCUAUCACAAUUUUGGAGGACCAGGUUCUUAUAUUGAACAUUAUUGGCCAAUUAAAGAAGGGACUCAGAUAGAAAGAACAUCCAUAAGUGUUUGGCACAUCUUAAAAUUCUGGGAACAAAUGAGAAAGGAAACGUUGGCUGUACAUAUGUCUGGCCGUAAGCCCCUGGACAUGGAUCAAUUUCGAAUGCUUUUUUGCACUUGCAAGGUGCCAGGCAUUGUUCAAGAUUCCAUUGCUAAUUAUUUCAAAACAGAGAAUGAAGGUGAAUGUCCAUCUCACUUGAUAGUCCUCUGUGAAGGAAGAAUUUUUGAAUUUGAUAGUUUACAUGAUGGUCAUAUGUUGAGCCCACCAGAAAUUUUUAGACAACUUUCCUAUAUUAAGAAUAAAUGUGGGAAUGAACCGGAAGGGCCAGGAUUGGCUGCCUUAACAUCUGAAGAAAGAACCUCAUGGGCAAAGACACGUAAUCAUCUUAUCAGACUUCAUCCAAAGAACCUAUCUCUGUUGGAAAAAAUACAGCGUAGCUUAUUUGUAAUAUGUCUAGAUGAGUCAAAGCCUCAAGCUACACCUGAAGAUUAUACAGAGAUCACCAGAUUGUCAAUCGCAGGGAACCCAACAUUGCGGUGGGGAGACAAAUCCUAUAACUUAAUUGCCUUCUCAAAUGGUUCUUUUGCAUCGAACUGUGAUCAUGCUCCUUUUGAUGCCAUGGUUUUGGUGUCCCUCUGUUCUUACAUUGAUUCCAAAGUUUUUGAAACCGAAGGGAAAUGGAAGGGAUCGGACAAAGUACGCAAUAUCCCUUUGCCAGAGGAGCUUAUGUUUAAUUUUGAUCAGAAGGUGCUAAAUGAUAUUACUUGUGCAAAGGACAAAUAUUACAAGCAGGUAUCUGACUUACAGCUUGUGAAUUAUGCUUUUACAACUUUUGGGAAAGCACUGAUUAAGAAACACCAUCUUCAUCCUGAUGCAUUUGUCCAGAUUGCUCUCCAAUUAACCUAUUACAGAUGUCACGGACACCCUGGUUGCUGUUAUGAAACUGCAACAACCAGACAAUUUUAUCAUGGCCGGACAGAAACUAUGAGACCAUGUACCACUGAAAUAGUUGAAUGGUGUAAAUCCAUGGUAGACCCUACAGUCACUCAAGGCCAAAGAAAACAUCUAAUGUUAAAGGCAUUUGCAAGACAUAAUAAACUGAUGAAAGAGUGUGAGAAUGGAAGAGGUUUUGAUCGUCAUCUCUUAGGGCUCCAAAUCCUGGCCAGAGAGCAUAGCCUUCCAGUGCCAGAACUCUUCUUAGAUCCUGCUUUCACCAGAAGUGGGGGAGGUGGAAAUUUUGUUCUUUCAACUAGCCUGGUAGGGUACACAAGAAUUGCAGGAGCUGUUGUUCCAAUGGUAAAGCACGGUUAUGGCUUAUUCUACAGAAUUCGAGAUGACAGGAUUGUUGUUGCCUGCAGUGCCUGGAAGUCCUGUCCAGACACAGAUGCCGAAAAUUUAUCUAAGGAAUUGUUCCAGUCUUUUCAAGACAUAAUACAAAUGAUGUCCACAGCCCAGAUGUAGAAAAAGUAUUGGAGCUCCAAUGCCUUUUUUUUUUUACAGUACUAUAUCUAUUGAAAAUUUGAAUAUGAAAGUCUAAUUUAAAAGGAAUGAUUGAAGUGGACAUGGUAUUUGACAGUUAUCUAUAACUGCAUAAAUUAUGCAAAAUUCUACUGCAAUAACAAUGCAAUUUUCUUUGAAUAAUCUGCAGCUGCAAUGCAAAAUAUGAUUAGAACUAUGCAAUGAUAAACUACUAAAAUGCAUGAUUUAUUGAAUUUUUCUAUAGAAAAAAGUUAAUUAUGUAAUCUUCCUAGUAAUAAAGAAUGCAAAAUCAUAUUCAAAUGAAUUCAGUGUUUUCAGAAGUACACUGGGAGAAACUUGCUUUUGUUUACUACAAUUGAAAGUUGUAUUUUGAACAACCAUUGCAUCAAUCAUGUUUUCUUUGUACAUAAAAUUCAUAUCAUUGCUUUUUCUUGCCUUCAAAAGUAAUCAAGGAAAAAGUAUUAGAAUACUUAUGAAUUUUUUUCAGGCAACCUGGGCUGUUUUUGUUUCUCAUGUAAUGGGAUUGCUUAAAUACAGACUUCCCUAUAUACUGGAAGAAUUGAUAAUGAAAGAUACUGUAUUUUCUUGCCAUUUCAAAUGUAGAACUCAGUAUGAUUCUCAGGACAACGUGCAUUCUUUGUAUCAUAAAUGAGAAACUAUAUGAAUAAUGCAAUUUAUUCUUGAAAUAAAGCCAUUCCAAAGAGCAAAAAACGUGAAUAUUAUUGAUCUAUGCUUACUUACAUUAUUCCAUUAUGAUGGGAGGGCAGGUGUAUUCUUUAUUAUUCUACCACGCAAGAUAGUUAACAAGCAUUCAAAAGUUUUUGAAAGAAUAAACACUGAAUAGUAGUAUCAGUUGAUUUCAAACGGAAGAUAAGUGUAAUAUUACCUAAAUUAACGUAACUGACAAGUUUGGCAAUCCUUAAUGUUACAUAUUAGCCUGCAUACUGGAUUCCAGGGUGCUGAACUUUUCAGCUAAUGUGGACCUCCCUUUUCUUCUUUCCUUGUGAAGGGAUGAAUUGUGAUAGGAUAGGAUAGCCUUUAUUGUCACUGUACAUCAUGUAUACAUUGAAAUUGGUUAAAUGGUUAUAUAACCAUAUGGUGGUAAUAUACGGUAAUAUUGGUUAUAGUGAUUUGGUAUAAACUGUUAAAAGGAAGCCAGGAUAUAUUCCUUAGCACAUGUCCAUUUUAGUCGUAAGUCUAUUUAUUUUUGCACUUUGCACAUCCGUUAUUACUAUUUUGAAGAGCCACCAGUGCAUAAUGCAGUAAAAGGUUUUUUUAAUUAUUAUAUUUGGAUUGUUGCAGUACCAGUUAGUAAGAAAGGUGAAUGGCCCAGCUGGUUGUCAUGACUCAGGGAGGACCAGAGCCUCAUUCUGAACUCAGCACCUUUACCAUUACACCAUGCUGAAAGGCAAAGUUUGUAUGUUUGCAGUUAUAUUGGAUUUUCAUUUCUAAAGACAAAAAUUAUUCUUCACUUAUAAAGUUAGAUAAACAUUCAUAGGAUUAAGGUAGAUAUUU